AUGCAAGCCGUCCAUUCACAGCAGCGAGGCUCCUUUUUCUCACUUCUAAUUGGACGCUGGCAGAUUAUUCUUCAUCUGCAGAGCGGGAAUCGAGAGAUAGACAGGCGAAAGAAAAGAGAGAGAAAAGAAAAGAAAAAGAAAAAGAAAAGAAAAAAAGAAGAAGAAAAAAGAAAGAAAAAGCCCGACCUUGGUGGCCCCUUGACUCGUGAGUGCCCCAUAACUAAGUAG